CGCAGUUUUCGUUUGUUGAAUGUGGGAAAUAACAAUUUGUUGCAGGUGAACCGGAAUUUACACCGCUGUGUUGGUGUUCCUGGCAACUUGGCAUCACUGGCCUAAGGAAAAGUGUUUAUGUGUGUGCUCUCGCUUUGUUUACUCCGGACAUUUCUGUUAAAUUGUAACGUUUGGAAGUAGAUGAGGUGUAUAUGUGGACGAUGGAAGUGAAUCGCUACUCUAUUAUUGAAAAUGGAAACAGCAUGUCCCGUAAUCUUAAAGACAAGUAUGACAAUGUCAAUCCCCGUCGCACCCAUACCAUUAUGUCAGCUGAAGAUGCUGCAUCAGGGAGAAAAUCUUACUGGGCAGAAUUGGAGAUAACAGGGUCCAUCAGGAAUGUGAGCCCAUGUUUGUGGCAGCUCACUCAUUUAACAAGCUUGUACCUGAAUGACAACUGCCUGUGCCGCAUACCACCUGAUGUUGCCAUGCUUACCAACUUGCGUAGCUUAGACCUGUCUAAGAACAAGCUGCGCAGUUUACCAGCAGAGCUUGGAGAACUCAUUCAUCUGAGGGAGCUGCUAUUAAGCCACAACCAUCUAAGAGUUCUCCCUUAUGAGCUGGGAAAACUCUUUCAACUGCAUGUUUUGGGACUUCAAGGAAAUCCACUCAGCAAGGAGAUUUUGUCGCUGUAUGGAGAGACAAAUGGAACACACAAACUGCUUACCUACAUGCUGGACAGCUUACAAGUGACGGCGCCGCUGCCUCCGCAACGGCCAUGGAUCCCGCUGACGCGUCCGAACCGAGCCAGGCCCACUUGCAUCUUCACCGUCAUGUGCUACAACGUGCUGUGCGACAAGUUCGCCACCAGGCAGAUGUACGGCUACUGCCCGAGCUGGGCCCUGGAGUGGGAGUACCGCAAGAAGAGCAUCCUGGACGAGAUCAGGCACUACGCUGCCGACAUCAUCAGCCUUCAGGAGGUGGAGACCGACCAGUUCUACAAGUUCUUCCUCCCCGAGCUGAAGCGAGAUGGCUACGACGGCAUCUUCUCCCCCAAAUCGCGAGCCAAGACCAUGGCGGAGAGUGACAGGAAGUAUGUCGACGGAUGCGCCAUCUUCUUCCGAAUCGCCAAGUUCACGCUGGUGAAGGACCACCUUGUCGAGUUCAACCAGUUGGCGAUGGCCAACGCUGAGGGCUCUGACCACAUGCUCAACAGAGUCAUGCCCAAAGACAACAUCGGCCUGGCCGCGCUGCUCAAGACCAAGGAGGCUGCCUGGGAGAACGGGCUCCCGGAUCCUUCUCAAGUGCACCAACCCCUUUUGGUAUGCACUGCACACAUUCAUUGGGAUCCUGAAUUCUGUGAUGUCAAAUUAGUUCAGACAAUGAUGUUGUCAAAUGAGCUAAAAGGUAUACUGGACCAGGCCGCCCAUUCAUUCCGCCCAGGACAUAAGGCAGAUCCUGCUGCUAUACAGCUUUUAUUAUGCGGAGACUUCAACUCAUUACCUGAUUCAGGUGUAAUAGAAUUUUUGACAUCAGGCAGGGUUUCAGCAGACCAUGCAGAUUUCAAGGAGCUAGGGUACAAAGCUGUAUUACAAAAAAUUUCUGGUUGUGAUAAGCCAAAUGAACUAACCCAUUCAUUUAAGCUGGCCUCAGCAUACUCAGAAGAUAUUAUGCCCUUCACCAACUACACGUUCCACUUUAAAGGAAUCAUCGAUUACAUCUUCUACUCAAAACAAAGCAUGACACCCUUAGGAUUGCUUGGUCCUUUAGCCUCUGAGUGGCUUCGAGAUAACAAAGUUGUUGGUUGCCCUCAUCCUCACGUUCCUUCAGAUCACUUUCCACUUCUUGUAGAAUUAGAAAUGGUCCCAACGCUGCCACCUUCAAAUGGGCUCUUACAACGGCGGUAGCACAAUCUUUAUUAUACUGAGUUAUGAUUUUUCUUUUCUGUGCAAUAGGAAGAAUCAUAGCAUAUCAUUACAACGCUGGUACCUAUUUGCUGUCACAAUUUCCUCUCAGCAACUUUCUUUUCAUUUGAUCACACCCUACAGUUUUAGCCAUUUAUGCAGAUGGAGUGAUGCACUGUGGACUAAGUGACACAUUCAGGCGGGGAGAAGUCCUUGUUUACCUCUAGUCUAAUGAAAUCCAUCAUAACUUAUUGUAUCUUGGGAUGAUUUUUCCUGAUAAAUGUUUUAUUAUCCCCUCCCCUUUUUUUCUCGUUUUUUUUCUCUUUCCUGCUUUUUUUUUAUUAUUUUUCCCGUCACUUUUAAGAAACCUUCAUUAACAUGGUUUAUAGAUUGUGGAUUAUUAGUGCAGCUUGAAUAUUUCUAAUUGCUCAAUCUGCAUUGAAUUUUUUUUUAAUAUCUGUUUCAAAAUUUUGAAAAUUAUUUGACAACUUUGUUUUUGCUACGAACUUCAAGCACAAGUGCCAAAUGAAAUUGUUUUCAUUAGCAGUAUUUUGAUCUAUCUACACCAUGUUAGGAGGGAAAUCUAGAUAUUUUAUAGACAUAUUUUAUAGGUAUUUAUUAAUACAUGACAUUUGGUGAUAGCAGGGCAAUGAACAUUUACCCAGUGAGAGAGCUUUCCCUUCUCAUCCAUCUCUUAGUGACUUGCUGUUCAAAAUGCAUAAUAUCUGUAUACUCUAAAUGUGAUUCCUGUGAAUAAGGCAUUGAUAUGAUCUGAUCUGUUGUAGAAGGCUCAGUAAAAUAACCUACAAUGGCCUUCAAGAGGAAAUUGUUUUUCGUAAAUUCUUUAGAUUUUAAUCUUGUGUGAAGGUUCCAGAAAGUGACAUGAAUUUUAGUUGUAAACUUGUAAUGCCUCAGUAUUAAGGAUUUUUUUUUGUAAGUUACUUUUAAAGUUGAAGCAAAAUAUGUCAGAAAAUGCAGCUAAGGAUUUGUUUCAAUUUAACUGACUUUAAUCCUGUCAUUUUUACUCCUGUCCUAAGAGAUUUAUUUGAAUUUAAUUAUGUUCAAAAAUAAUAUGUUUUUAAACUGUUUUAUAUAAUUUUUGUCUUGAACUUAUGGAUUCAGUCAUUUUACUAAUUUCUGAGUCAUUUUGUGUUUGGUGAAACCUAUGGGUUUGCCCUUCCUAUUGUUCUUCAUUCCAAUUGUAACAAUGUGGACAGUGCCUUGUGUUCUACAAAUUACGCUCAAACUUUCACUUCAUAUAUUUUAAGCUGCUGCCAUGCAUUCAGCUUUUUCCGCAUUUUAAAGUAUCUGUAAGCAAACAUUCUUUGUGCAGCCCUCCCUUGUAAAGUUCUUAGUUAAUAUUGCUGUCUUUCUUGACAGAAACGUAUGUAUUGAACAUUGUAAGUUUUCUCUUGUAUUUUGAAUUUGAGACCUUGCUGUCUUCAUGAUUCUCCACACUGACACAUGUGAUCAAAAUACAUAUUACAGAAACUUUCUAUGUAUUUGAGAAAUGUUGUAAUGCCAAUAGCAUGGCUUCUGCAAAAAUAGUCCAUCCUUCUUAUAAAGCUGUUUGAAUUAGUUGUAGAAUGUGUAUUUGAAGCAUCGCUCCAAUAUCAAUGAUUUCGACAUCUAGAAGUAAGCAAUACCCAUGUAUUGAGUCUUUUUGGCAGCAAUUACUCGUACCUAAUUAAAGUAUAAAUUGUUAUGAUUUUGUUAUAUAAUGUAUGGCGUGUCCAGAUGUCUAUUUCCUGUCCAUUAAUUUCAAAAGAAGGGUUUUAGAUAUAAUUGAAGCCUCACAUUGUUACUCUAGGAACUCAGUAUAAAAGCUUUGAAUCAAUUCCUUUGAAAUGCUUAAUGUAAGUGUCUGCAUUUUAUUCCUGCCCUGUCCCAUUUUUCAAUGGGGCUGCCACAAUUAAGUUUUACAGUGUAUUCACAUAUUUAAUCUCAUGUGUCUGCCAAAUAAAAUACCGGUACAUAAUGUUUAGGUUACACAAAGGCUACAUUAAUUACGUAAUGUAGAUAAUCUCUACAUUGUGAUUAAUUAUUAGCUGAGGUAUUAUUUCAAAUUUUAACUUGUGACUCAAGCGUUUUGUUUAUAUUUAGACUCAAUGUACAAAGAAAGCUUUUUCUGUUCUUGAGAACCGUUUUGCUUGCUUGCAUAGCAUAAUUGUCAUACCAGGAAUCUAGCUUUAAAACUGGUAAAGUAGAAAACUGUUCUUAUUGUCAGUCAUCAUGUAGCAUUUCGAAUCACACUUUAGGAUGAUACCGUACUAAUCAUUUACUGAUGCAGAAGUCUUGUCCUAUAUUUUUCUAUCUGAUUCAGAUCUUGGUUUUGAGGAUUAUAAUGAUAAAUUAUUUGCUUGUCACAAUUGUUUUAGAUAGCUUUGAAAUAAGAUCUCCAUCGAUAAAUUGCAUGUCAAUAUUUUGGGGCUCGUGUCUUUCCGUUACUUAGGUUUUAACUUAAGUAAGUUGAAAUAUGUUUUGUAUUCUCUGUUUUUAAACAUACCAGUGUCAGUGUCCUAUACAUGAUUCAAUGGUGUGACUGUUAAUCAUUUUUCAUCUUGUAGUGCUAAGCUAGAAGCCUGUUGUCACUUUCUUGUGCUGAGUAAUGAUCCUGGUGCAUAUUUCUCUUAAGUUCCUUAUGUGCAAUAUCCUUGAGCCUUUGCUCUAUCUAUGAAAUGUUCUAUGUUUUACUGUGUGUUUUACUGGAGAGGUUUUUGGGACACUUACAGAGAUCAAGUGACAAUCUUUGAUUCUUUUUCUUACUUUAAUGAUUUUCUUCUUCUUUUUGUAAAGUGGCUAUUGUUGAUGCAGUACAUUUGUGGUGCUCUUUUAUGAAAUCAACCCCCCUGUAUACAGGUUUCCAUGAUAAGUCGUAGAGAAUGGAGAAAGCAAUGUACCUAACCCAAUUUUAAGACUUAUUGACCAUUUAAACUGGUCUAAGUUGUAAAAAGUUUAAUAAUGUCUCAACUUGUUGAUUUGUUCAGCAAUGGACUGUGAUUUGAAAAUAUUAAGCACUUAUCUGGUUUCAAGUCUUUAUAAUAUGUGAUAUGGAACACUAUGAUUCUCUAUAAUAUUGUUUGCUUUAAGUAAGGGCCAAAAGAACAACCAUAUUUCAUCCUAUGUGGGGACGCAUCAAAUCAUUCUUUGCUUCCCAUUUCUCUACCGUGAACAGAGGAAUUUUUCUGUUCUCUCAUCAAGCUAUCCUUAAACUUUCUCUUUAUUGUCCUUCUCUGAAAAGAAAGUUCUCCUUUCAAAUGUUAAUCAACAUGUUGACCAAAUCUUAUUUUAAGUUUAGAGUACAAAUGAAUUCAAGCAUAUAACUCUUGAAGUGCAUGCUGUUGUGUUGAUCCUUUUAGUUUAAGGCAUGAUUUUGUAAUGAUGGGAGAAGCAUCUCAGUGUGAUAUAAAAGACAGCAUCAAAUGAGCAGUUGCCAUCAUUCUCUGAAAAAUGUAAACUUUUCACCAUGUUGUUUAUACCCUAUACAUACAUAUUAUUUCAUUAAACCUAGAUUUUCUCAUUUGUGGUAAUGCUUUUAUUACUGGUAAAUCGCUGUCUGUUAGACGAUGGUUAUACUAUUGUAGUUUUGAGCAGCAGUCUGCAUCCUUUUUUAUCCUUUAUUUGCCAGUGCUGAAUGAAUUUAUGUGUCCAGUCUUCCUACAAUUCACUUAGUAGAGAGAUUUUUUGCUCCCCUAAAUAUUUCUUGUAAAUUCAUUUUUAUUUUGUGGCUCUAUAUUUUGAACACUGAAUCCUGGGUGCACAUCUAUUAUUCUGUGGGGAUAUGAUCUUGUGUUUCUCAGUGUGAAAAUGUGGUUAAUCAGUCAUAUUGUUCUUCUCUAUCUUGAAAAGAUUUCUAAUUUCUGAAGAUAUUACCUUACUUCAGCUACUAUUGACCUGCCUUUAAAGGAUUGCAGUACUUUAUCUUUUGCUGUAUCUAUUUUUAUAUCUGUUACUAAGUUCUUAUAAAAACUGAUGAUUGAUUUGUGUGUUGCAAGUAUGAAUUGAUACGGUGUAUGGGACAGAGAAAUAAUUGGUAACUGCAUGGUUUGAAGAGGCUAUGAGUACAAGUUCAUAUGUUACAGUUUUGUGUGUAAUACAGUAGUUGUAUAAAACAUUUAUCUUAACAUCUAUCUCUUUGUAAUCCUAUAAAACUGUAAAGUAGUGGCAAUCAGUUUGGUUUCACUCAUGUUACAAGCGCUGUUUUGUCUUAAAUGCAUAAUUCAUUGAUGUAAUUUUGGUUGCCAUUACAAUGAUGGUGACAUUUGUAUGGGCAUAUGCUAUGAUCUCACAGUUUGGAGAUGUUACUGUGUCAUCCUGAAUAUCUGUCUCUGUGUAGUGAUAGUUUACAUAAACCUAAUUGAAUGAUUAUCGGCAAAAGAUUCAAUGUCACAAUUUUGUUACCUACAUUCAUGCAAAAUGUUUAAUAAAAUGAAAUAAAGAACAUGAUGCAAUAAAAAAGAUGAGGGAAUUUCUCAA